UGUGUUUAUACGAAAUUUACUGUAGGUAGGUGCGGUACGUAUUUAACUACGUUAAAUCAAUAAAACAUUCAUCAUGGCUGAAGUGAAGGAGAAUAUCUUCUUAUUUGUGCCCAACUUGAUUGGAUUCGCGCGUGUGAUCCUUGCGAUCAUAUCAUUUUAUUUCAUGCCUACACAUUGCAUUUUGGCGUGUUCCUGCUACAUCAUCUCUGCAUUGCUCGACGCCGUGGACGGUCAUGCAGCCCGGUACUUUAAUCAGAGUACUAAAUUUGGUGCAAUGCUUGAUCAAUUGACCGACAGAGCUGGCACCUCUUGCCUCUUGGUGACUCUCGCAACAUUCUAUCCCCAAUACACAUUCUGGUUCCAGCUAUCUCUAGCCAUUGAUGUGACUUGUCACUGGUUGUACCUUCAUACGUCAAUGCUCCAGGGCAAGGCUUCUCAUAAAUUCAUUGACAUGUCUGAGAAUCCUAUCAUGCGUGCCUAUUACACCAACAAGUGGCUCCUUUUCUAUAUGUGUGCUUGCAAUGAAGCCUUCUACGCAUCGCUGUACGUUCUGCACUUCUAUUCAGGACCAACAAUUCUAGGUGUGGAGCUGUAUAGGCUGAUUGCCAUGGUGACGAUGCCAACUGCGAUCGUUAAGACUGGUAUUUCUGUUCUUCACGGCUUUGUCGCCUCGCUAAACCUGGCAACUAUUGACGUGAACGAGCGAGCUGCUGCUAUUCAAAAGAACGAAUAAUUUGUUAAACAGAUAAUAUAAUCAUUCAUUAUGAUGUAAGAACAAUAUUUCUUCAUGGUUCCUAGAACUUUCUUCUGUGAAACAAGUUGUAUUUCUAGUCACUAAAACGAAAAAAUGCGUUGUCACUUUACUUAAAUUGACACAUCCAUAUAAAAAUCGAUUGAAUUAAUAUUUUUCGAUUUAAUUAUUUUACAAAAAUAAAUGGUUGCUCUAACAUGUACCUAACUGUUGCAAAGGGUUAAUUUUUCAGAACCACAUACGUCGUAUGCCAAUUUACGUCACUUCACACGUAAAUCACCUACAUAUUUGCAAGUUUUUUUUUUGUUUAUAAUUUUACCCAUAAACUGCUGAAAGUUUGACUUAAAAUUCUUAAUUAAACUAUGUUUUGUCUAUUUAAUUACAGUGAACAUAUAUUACAAAAUUUAUAACAUGCUAUUUCUUCUUUAAAACCUCUGAAUUUAUUAUGUUUAUUUAUAUUUUAUUAAGCAUAAAAUUCUUAACCAAAUAUUAUGUCGUUAACUUUAGUGUAAUAAAUCUCGAGUACUCAUUUAAUCUGAAUGGUAAUAAUAAACACUAAUAUAAGGCGAUGGGGCGAGGCACUAAAUAGCCGAGUUUUUUUUUCCAAAAUUAAUAAAAGUAUUAUGAUAUCUUUAAGGAAAUUCCAAUAAAUAAUUCCAGUAUACUUUUUUUUUCAUAAGCUUAUUAUUUGUGCAGAUGCUGUACAACUAGUGUAGUUGUGUUAAUAACGCACGAGGUUUCCAAGAUCUCUUGUCAUAUGAGGAACCGCCUUCGAUAUAAAAGUAUUGAUGUUUAGCUUAGCAAAUGAAUAUUAUAUUUGGAAUACGUUAAAGUACUAUUUCUUCUUCCAGUUUGUUGUGUCGUAUUAAAUCCAUAACUUAAAAACCGAGGAAUAUAAAACUAUGGAAACUUUAAUAAGAAAAGCGUAGUAAUUAACCAGCUUAUUCAAUAUUUGGUGUCGUGUGAUAGAUAAAUAAAUAAAUUUGCUAUCUUAUAUCAAAUGAAUAGGUAAAAAGUUUAUGUAUGUUAUGAUAUCUCAACUUUUAAUAUAAGUA